GUUACCCCUUUGGAUGACAUCAUCCUGGCCACGGGUUACCUGAUCAAGUUUCCAUUUUUACCGAAGGAAGUUGUGUCCGUGGAGGACAACCAAGUACAGCUUUACAAGUACGUCUUCCCGCCUCAUUUGAAGCAUCCUAGUCUGGCCAUCAUCGGGCUGGUCCAGCCGGUCGGCUCCCUAUUUCCCGUUGCCGAGAUGCAGAGCCGCUGGUUUGCUGAGCUGCUAUUCAACAAAAGUUCGCUGCCCUCGGAGGAGACCAUGUUAGAGGAAAUCCUAAAUAAGCGAGAGUCCAUGCGGCAUCGCUACGUCACGUCACCGCGCCACACGAUCCAGGAGGACUGGGUCCACUACAUGGAUGAGCUGGCCAGUCAGAUCGGUGCCAGACCGAGAAUACUCAAGUAUUUCUUCUCGGACAACGAACUCUUCCGCGCGCUGCUCGGACCCUGCGUGCCGUACCAAUUCAGGCUCGAAGGCCCGCACAAAUGGUCCGGCGCGCGGCAGGCCAUCCUCGAGUCACGCCGCAGGGUGAUGUAUCCGCUCAACGAGCGAUGCACGUCUUUCAGCAAGAAGGGCUCGUCAACGUUCCUCUUCGUUUUCUUUUUCUUUUUCGUGCUGGCCAUUGCAUACGUCCUUUCCGGACAAUGAGAACUAUCCUAGUUGCUUCGCUCGUUCUUAUUGAUAAGGAGACCACAUGCUCUUGUCCAUGCCUAUUGAAAAACACAUCAUACAAGGAAGGGGCAUUGUGCCCCCUAAAAUGUGUAAGUUAAGCAAAGUUCUGCGUUGAAUGUUUUGUCAAGGCAUAGGUGCCAGAUGCAAGUGACAUCAUCUGUUUUGUGCUGAAUAUCGCUGCGUAUGAACAUAGCACGCCUGGCACUAUAAACAGUGCUUACGGGCUAGACGCAUACACAGUGGUGUAGAGCUUACCGUUGACCUUGAUCUUCUAGGUAAUAUCGUGUAUUAUUUUGUUAGAAACAAAGUGACUGCUACUUCGCAUUGUCUGUUGCCCUAGUUUUUCAGAGUGUUCAUUGCUAGCACAUGUUCCCUUGAAUUGGCGUUUCCCGUAGACGCGCUUCGACAACUUACAGCCAUGGCCGCAUAAUCAGCAAUAUAAUUUACCAUUGACCGAUUGCGAGAGCCUUGCAACUAAAACAGAGAGUUCACAGCUUAAUCUUAUUCUAAAACUACAAGUAACGCUCCAUCGAAAAGUUCUGCUCUUCAAAGGAGCACCACAUUCACCUUCGAGUGACUGGCUGGUAUCUCAUUGAUCGCAUAUAAAAAAUUAAAUUGGUCAAACACUGCCGGUGGAGUUGACGAGAACAGUCACGGCACCAAGUACGCUAUGUUGCUGAGAGUACAGGUCAGGUCACUCAUACUACAAUUGAUUGCAGUUAGUAAUAAAGAAAGUAAUACACCCUUUCGAAAUAUGCAAUUAGCAGGUAGCAGCCCCGCUGUGGUGUGUAUUCCACGAAAAAGUUUGACAGCCUGUUACAUUCCCUGUUGCGCUGACCAUUCAAAAUUCCUCACUGUCAAUGUGAAGUCGUACCUCACACUUGCUAUGUUUUUCUACGUUAUUCCAGGUGUAUGAAUUAAAAGUUUAUGAAUUAUGUGAAUUAGCAAAUAUUUUUUGUGCUAUACACUUGUGCUUUGCUAAAUAGAUUAUUGAAUAAACAUUCAUUUGAUGUGUGGCCC